AUGGUUAGCAAAUAUAUUGAGUAUCAUAUAACUAUCCACUGCCAAAAGAAACAAAAUGAGUAGAGGUGGGAGCUCUAGGGGUGGCCAAAGUUCUCUUGGUUACCUCUUUGAACAAGAUGAGAACAAUCCAAGCUCAAUCAAGCCCACCACCAAGCCUCAGAAGCCACAGCUUAUUGAGGAUGCUAAGAACAAACCGGCAAAAGAAGCUACUGCACCAACCAAGCCCAUUUCCAACAACUACCAAAGAGCCCAAGGCCAAAACUCUGGAAACUUCAUUACUGGUCGUUCAUCCACUAAGGUUCUCUCCGUUCCCGGAGGUUGCUCAUCUCUUGGCUACUUGUUUGGAGAUAAAUGAAAGCGCUUUGUACUUCUCCAGCUCGCGUGCUUAUAUAAAUGAUCAGUGACUUAAAAUAAGGGCAUAAUGAUCCCACUCUUAAGUGGAUUCUUAGGUACUUAGAUAUGCCCCUUGAUUGAUUUUUAAGUUAUAAGUGUGUGCCAGGAUUGUGAUCUGAUGUUCUAUAUCUUCGUUGAGUUGUGCUUGUAUUUUAUUCUCUGUUUCUCUUUUGAGUGCUUUGUGUAUUAUUUAUGUAAAUGGUGGGACUUGGUUUGCUAAUAUAUUAAUACGGUACCUAACUAGCA